AUGACAUCAGCCGUCCUCGGUGGCCUCGCCCUCGGCGUCGACAUGUCACAAGUUCCGCCCAUUUCAUCGGGCUCAUCCAGCACCCGAGCGCGGUCUCAAAGAGUGCGACCACUCGCAUGUGUACUCUGUCAACAGCGUAAGGUCAAAUGCGACCGAAAAUUCCCUUGCGCGAACUGUCUUCGGUUCGGAAAGGAAUGCACUCCGGCGACGGUCACUCCAAGGCGCCGAAGCCGUCGAUUCCCGGAGCGAGACUUACUAGACCGGAUUCACAAGUAUGAAACGCUACUCCGGAAGAAUCAUAUCCAGUUCGAAUCUUUUAAGAGUACAGGAGCAACAGAUACAGUGUCCCUGAAUUCUGCUCCUGUUGAUAGUGCCGAGAGUGACGACAAUUCCGAGAAUGAGGAGGAGGAGGAGGAGGAGCAUGGCUCAACCUCAGCCACGCCGAAAGAGGCUAACGAUGGGAAAAACCUAUGGCAUGUCCUCAGGCAGCAAUGGAAAUCACAAUCAUCGGAUCAUAACGGCGAGCCAAUCCAUGAUGCAGUGAGCCAGGCUGGAAUUAGGCGAGCCAUGGACCAAGUCUUUGUCAAUAAUGACCAUUUACUCUUCGGCCUACGAUACACGCCUGUUGGACUGUCAACCCUUCACCCAGACCCCGUUCAGAUUUUCCAACUCUGGCAGAUGUAUUUAACAAAUGUCGACCCCCUACUCAAGGUCACGCACACCCCGACACUACAAGGCCGCAUCAUCGAGGCAGCUAGCAAUCUCAAGAAUGUGACCCCGGCUCUUGAAGCACUGAUGUUCAGUAUCUAUGCCAUCUCGGUGAUGAGCCUUACCACGGAAGAGUGCCAGGCCAGCUUCAGCUCCUCUAAGGAAGAGCUGCUGUCAAGGUUUCAAUUUGCUUGUCAGCAGGCACUGCUCAAUUCUGAGUAUCUUCGUACAAAUGACCGUGAAUGCUUGACUGCUUUUUAUCUCUUUCUGCUUUCAGUCGGACCCAGUACGGAUCCUCGGUCACUUUCAUCCAUGUUUGGAGUUGCGAUGCGUAUUGCAAAUCGGCUAGGAAUCCAUAGCAAUUCCACUGUAAUAGACUACCCACCCUUUGAGGCUGAGAUGCACCGCAGGCUUUGGUGGGCUAUGAAACUCAUCGAUAGCCGUAUCGGCGAGCUGAGCGAGUCUAAAACGAUUGCAUUGGAUCCUAUUUGGGACUGUCAAGUCCCUCUUAACGUCAACGAUGCUGACCUUCGUCCUGAAAUGAAGAAUCCACCGUCAGCUCAAAGCCCGACAAGUGAUGCCAUCUUCGUGGUGGUCCGAUGCGUGCUAGGGGAUUUCAUUCGUCACGCUGAAUUCCAUCUUGACUUCACCAAUCCCCAAUUGAAAUCUGUGGCCAAGGGAGCUCAAAGGGGCCUCGUUCCUGACAAUUGGAGUAUGGUCGCUCUUGAGAGACUGAUUGAAGAUAGAUAUCUCAAAUUUUGUGAUCCAGAAAAUCCUCUCCAUUUGAUGACGCUAUGCAUGGCUCGAAUCCAACUGGCGAAAAGCCAUAUGCUUGAGCAUUACUGGAGAUACUCUGACUCUCCAGAGUCUCAGACAGAGGCUCAGCGGGACAUCAUGAUGCGGCAUGCGUUGAUGGUGCUCGAAUCUGAUGCCAAGAUCAUGAGCUCCCCUUUAACGAAGGGGUAUCGCUGGCUCCUUGGUUUCUAUUUCCCGUUCCCGGCCUAUGUUCAUGUCCUACAGGACCUAAAUAAACGUCCCUGUUGCAGCCAAGCAGAUAACGCUUGGCAGGUUCUGAGUGAUCAUUUUGAAGUACGCGUGAAUGUUCCGGAGGCGCGUGAGGGCCCAAUCUUUGAUCUAUUCACCAAAAUCGCUCUUUCAGCAUGGGAGCAGCGGGUGUCCGCAUCGAAUCCGAAGAAAAAAGAGAUGGAAGUACCCGCUAUUAUUUCUAUCAUCAGAGAAAGAGAGAUUGAGAAAUCUACUACAGCACAGACUGCACCAGCUCAAGAAACAGAUGAUAUUCCCGGAAUGAACUUGGACGGAUUGCAGAUGGCAAUGCCAGUUGGCCUUGGCAGCAUUCCUUGUGGCUUGGGAGGCCAAUACCUCCACCCAGGUGCACUUGGUAUGCAGUCGCAAUAUGAGCUUGACAGCGAAAUGGGUACAAUUCCCUUAUCAGGGCUGGAUUGGACCUUUGGAGGACCCGCUGCCUGGUGA